UUUGGUGCCGGGAUGAUAAUUGAGGGAGGACCUGUCUGCUGUGCCAUAUGUUGUUGGCGGGGAUAUCAGACUGAUAUAAUCUAAUGCAGCCAGUAACAGUCCUAAAGAAGUGUUUGUUGUCUGUGAAGAUUCCAUUUGGAGCGUCGUCAUGAACUGGCUGCUGGCAGCGGCUGGAUUGUUAACAAUCUACACGUUACGUACGGUGCUUUGUCAUACCAUUACCACCGAGACGGGAGCAGGUUACCAUUGCAUGAACGUUACACAGGCCUUCCACCAACGAGGCACAUCUGACGCGGACCAAACAGACCUGGACCCUCACGAACACUGUGUGCCCUGCUUCUUCCCCCAGAACUGUCUGGACAAUAACACGUGCGCCGAGGGGUCUUACGGCAUCAGCUGUGAGAAAUGUGACCACAGGGACUCCACCGAAACAGAGUACCAUCGUGUUGGAAACCACUGCGUGAGGUGUCUGUCCGGACCCUGGUCGGCCUUGAUCUUCGGUGUGUUCGUCCUCAUCCUGGUUCUUAUCUCCCUGAUCAACGGUUUCACUGUGUCUGUUUGUACUAAGAUCAAGAUUGUACUGCAUUUCUGUCAAUUCCUGCUCCUGACGUUCAUGCUGAAGAUCACGUGGCCCGCUCUAAUCCCGGCCGCCAUGUCCUUGUUGACCUUUGCCUUCUCCAAUGCCGACUUCUUAGCGAUAAAUUGUCUGUUCCCGAAGCUGUCCACCAAGCUGAGUUAUUACCUGACCUGGAUGUCGUCCUUCCUACCCCCAGUGAUCAUCAUUGUCUUCAUGGCGUUUGUGGACAAAAGUAUGGGGUUCUGGUUGUCUCAGGAGAAAGACCGGAAGCGGAAGGAGAGACAGUGGCGACGCCGAUCUAUGUUACGGAGGAUAACGUUCUAUUUACUGGUAGCUACAUAUCUGCCCGUCACGCUGUUUUCCGCCCAAAGUAAUAGCUGUUCCCACUCUGCCUACAAGGUGUUUGUGAUUGACACAUCAGAGAAUGUCUUCCUACACGACCAGAGUCUGGAUUGUGACACGUUUGAUAUGUCGACGCUCGAGUUCGUGGCAAUAUUGUUUAUGAUCUACUCCGUUUUCCUCCCUCUGGCCGUCGUCCUGUUUUCCCUCAUACAACGGAAGAGGUCUCUCCUAGAGGACGAGCGCCUCAAACACGGGUCUGUUUAUGAAUCCUACAAGUCUCGUUACUGCUUUUGGGAAGCCAUUCCCAUGCUCCGGAAAAUCGUCCACAUCGCCAUGACUGAGACUAAUGUCAUCAGCAUAUCUGUACAGGUUAUCAUCCAGAUGACGAUGACCGGGACCUACGUUCUAUGUCUCGUAGUCUUACGGCCGUACAGCCAGUGCCAAUGGGAGAGAGACGGCAUGAACAUCAACCUCGCUCUCGACGUGACGGCCAAUCUCGUGGUGGGGAUUCUUCAGGCUGUUGCCUUUCUGACAGUCAGAGACAUGUACGUAACGGAAAUGACGUAUGUAUUCUUCGUAAGUCUGGCGAUAGUCCUCGUCCUGGCCCUGGGAUUGCUCCUGUUUAUACCCAAGGAAUUGGAAGUCCCUGAGGUGAUGUCCAUCCAGGCGGACGUUGAAGAGGAGGAAGCGGGUCAGUCUGAAGGACAUCACAGGUUCAAAAACAAAGUGGGACCAGCACCGUCCACAGAACAGGCUAAACAAAAUCUGCAGUUUUAGUCGCAGACAUAAUAGUGUUAACUGAUCGGAUGGAGGCCAUUCCAAGGUGCUCAUUUUUAAGUAUGUUGUUUUUACUGAAACUUCUUGUUGAGUUAAAUAAAUUA